GGUGGGAUGGUCACUUUACAGUUUAUAAACCAUGUCUCAGCUACGCGCUGUGACGUCAUAGAACCAGUUCAUGGCACGUUGUGACGUCUCAGAACUAGCAUGUGGCACGUUGGUUACGUCAUGAAAGCAGUCGCGUUGUGACGCCAUAAGACCAGUGUCGCGCUGUGACGUCAUAAGACCCGUGUGUGGUGCGCUGUGACGUCAUAGGACCGUUGGCGCACUGUGGGAGCGCUAUCAGCACUGCGCGUGCUAUCAGCGGUGUGCUGAUACCGGAGCUAUCAGCGGUGUGCUGAUAUCAGCGCUAUCAGUAGCGCUGUCGGUGUCAGGACCCGUCCACCCGGACUGGGAUCGGCAGCGACAUCGGUGAGGACCAGGGAAACAGGGACCAGAAGAUCAGAGGACUGGAGGACCAGAGGACAGGAGGACAGGAGGACUGGAGGACUGGAGGACUGGAGGACCGGAGGACCGGAGGACUGGAGGACUGGAGGACUGGAGGACUGGAGGACUGGAGGACAGGAGGACUGGUAGACCAGGGGACCAGAGGACCAGUGGAUACAGUGACCACAAGAGGAUCGGAGGACAGGUGGAUCAGAGGACCAGAGGACUGGGUGACCAGAGGACUGGGUGACCAGAGGACCAGAAGACCACCAGAGGACCAAAGGAUCGGUUGAUCGGUGGACCAACAGACCAACGGCUGGACGGACGGAUCAACGAACCAAAGGACGAACAAGCGCUCAAACGGACGGGUCAACGUACCUAAGAGCCAACCGACAGAUCAAGGACAGACAGACCAACAGAUCAAGGACGGACGGACGGACGGACGGACGGACGGACGGACGGUUGAACUGAAACCGGUAAUCGUCUGCCGAGCCGGCAAUAUUUCAGAUAUGCGUGCCGUUGCAAGUGUGUAUCCAUGGGCGCUCUCGCUGAUAUUCGUGACGUCAUGUGUGGUGGUGACGUCACUGGAGGCCGCCGAGCCGUCUGGGGCGGCGUCUGCUCCGUACAGACACGCCGGCGACCACGCCCUGGUGCACGCUGCGGGCGUCGAGACCGGGCACCGCGCAGAGCUGCUGGUCACAAACGCCGCUGCUGGGGGCACACCGCUGGCCGUGAGGUCCAGGAGGGACCUCCACUCUGGGAGUGAGGACGCCCAGUCCUCCGACACACCCGGCAGUGAGGAACUCCCUCCCGGCGGCGAUGGUGGUGCCCAGCAGCCUCCUCCUUCUGAUGGCACCACUAACGCUGCUUCCACCAUCCGGUCACCAGCCGCGGCAGCAGUCGAAUCGUCCGACGAGGGCGCCGCAGAACCGCGAGAUGGCGGGUCUUCUGAGGCGGCCUCAGAUGUGCCUCGGACAGUCCCGGAGAGUCGGACUCCUCCUCAGAAAACCCAGCCAGCAGACACUGAUGACCACACGAUAUCAGUAGACGCUCCUUCAGCUGUGCCAGUUCUAGAGGAGGUAGAACAAGAAGAUGUGGAGGCGCCUUCCGAGUCAGCAGCCUCACCGAAGGCCAUUGGGGAAAAGGUAUCCUCUCAAGUGACCUCCCCUGGCAAUCCUGCAGUAGACCCGCCCUAUCAAUUGACUUCCCCUGAUAGCCCUGCAGUGGACUUGCCCAAAGUCACCUCACUGACUUCAAGCCGAGACGACUCCGCGGCUGUGGUCUCGUCCUCGCCUUCACAAGUGGCCUCCCCUCCAACUAGCCCUGCAGUGGACUCGUCCGGACCCACCCAGACAAAUGUUCCUAGUGCUGACACGGCUGAUGAAGGAAAGGAAAGGGGAGCUCCGUCAGAGCUGCAUGAAAACACAUCCGACGGACCAGACGUAAGCAACAAUAACAACGACGACGACAGCAGCGAGAACAGAAAUGACAACAGCAACAGCAACAUCAACAGUGACGAUGGAGAUGAUGACAACAGCAGCAACGAGGACGGCGACAUCACCGACAGGAAAACGACCAGCGAGGACGGCGCCGCGGACGGGGACAACUCCGCCGCUGCCACCAGCAGCUGGGUGCAGGACUCUGGUGACUCGGCGGAGGACCCGGGUGACUCGGCGGAGGACCCGGGUGACUCGGCGGAGGACUCUGGUGACUCGGCGGAGGACUCUGGUGACGACUCCACCCCGGGAGUUCGCCGGAGUCCGCCGAGGACGGUGAACGGCACGGUGCUGGAGGCGGGACCCGGCCCGUGGGACUCGCCGGCCGACCGCGCCCGGAGGAGAAACGUCACGACGUUCGCGCUGGUCAUGUGCGGGAUCGUGGGGGCGACGUUCGUCAUCCUUGUCGGCAUGUGGAUCAACAGAAUGAGACACCGGGACCGACUGAGGAAUCUGCAGGACCACGACGACGAGGAGUUCACCGUGUUCAGCGCCUCGGAGGCGCGCUACGUCACCAACUUGAGUGGCGGUGGCUAUGAACCCCUAAGGUGAGGGAUUACCCCGUCUGGUGGAGGAUUCCUUCACCAGAUAAAGGAUUUGUUCGCCAUGUGAAGGAUUUCUUCUUGACUUCGGCACUGAAGUCGCAUCAAGACACAUAAUACAUCCUGGCCAAGUGUGGUUGUCUAAUGCUAUAAUUUUGUGCUGAAUCAUAGACCACUAUAUAUCGAUAUAUAGGGGUCUAUGGCUGAAUAUUUGUAUCGGGCCUUUGCUUCAGAGCAAACAUUAUAUAUCAGUGUAAGGACUGAAAUAUUUAGUCACAUAGGCACUUGUUGUUUAUCUAUUAUUGGUUUUAUGCUACAACUAUGUACCGAAGUAGCUUCAUCAAUAUUUUGACCAUUAUUUUGGUUACCAAUGGGUUUUCACAAAUGCAAUUGCGACUCUGAUUGUUCAGCGUCUUUUUUUGUUAUAAAUAGUUAUCCGACAACAAAAUCACGAACAAGAAAUUCGAACAAACAUACUGAGUGGUGUCUAAACAAUUUUUUUUCUUGAUACCUGUUAAAUUUAUGUGUUCAUAAAAAAUGCCGGAUGACAGAUGAUGUAUUUCAUGCAUAUCAAUAUCUAAGACGGAUAGUCAUAGAUUUUGAAGUUCGUUACUAUAGCCUGAAAACCGGGGAAAGAGCGUAGGCAAGGCGCCUAAAUCACUUUACAUGCGUUUUGCUCACAUGGAAAUGUAUGGUUCAAAGACAAUUUGUGU